AUGACUAUUUAUAUUCCUUUGAUUUACACCCUACUGCUAGCCGGCAACUCCUACUGUACAGAAUCGGGCUGUCAGUUUUCACAAAACACCUUUCUAAAACCAAAUCAACUCUGGUGGACACAUGAUGGUUAUCGUUUGCCACCAGUAUCUUUUAAUCUGAAUGAUUAUCAGCAAAGUUUUGCUGUCAAGCAAGGCUUCGAUUUAACGGCCGCUGCUGAAGGAUGGAAUCAAAUGCUUAUUUCAUCAAAUACCGACAUAUUAUGGAUACAACAGCUCUGUUUAAAUUCCUAUCAGCAUAUCAGCAUUAAACGAGGCUCACAGCCAAAAGAGAGUUUUAGUCAACUGCAUGCAUUAUUCAAUGGCUUGACUGCAUUCGGUGAAGGUGAUUGGUGCAGCCGGAAUAUGCCGUUGUGGAAUUCUGAAGAGAUAUCUGUUAGAAAGGAAAACAUUUUUGUACAUCUUGUACACUACCGUAUUAUAUGUGAAAAGUUUAUCCUUGGGAAAUUCAACAAAUAUGUCGUAAAAAUUGACAUACCAAAUUCUGGACCAGUUUAUCAAUGUGUUUAUUUCCUACCUGUUAACAAGAAUGAUCCGGGAAAAAUUAUCAAUGUUAUACACAGUAAGCACGUCAGCCUACAUCCUGAUGAGUCAUUAUGUGAUGAUAAUGCAGAAUAUGAUUCCAUUUUGUGGAUACCUUCACUUUCUAAAAAUGCAAAGGAUCUUUUCACUCCUUGUCCCUUCGUUGGUGGAUUUCAAAUAAUAAAUAUGAGGAAAGUCGGCUCCGAAAAACCUAUUUGUGACUAUCAGACAUUUGCAACCAUGGAAAGUGAAUGCGUAACAAACGAGGGAAUUGAAUGGGUAUUUGACGAUCCUAAAUGCAACAUAUUUGAAAUCAAUAGUAUCAGUCAUCACAGCUGUUUCACCCACUGGAAAAAAGACGGUUUAACUUUUACACUGUUGCAUCAAGACCGCAAAGACGAUGGACACAGUCUGUUCACAUUAAUAUUCUCCGAUAUACCCGAACCACUAAAUCCAUCAGAUUCAAAUUAUGGUCAACAUAAACCUAUCUGGAUAUAUCCUGGUCUAUCAUCCAAAAUAUUUCAGAAUACCUCCAUAUUAUGGGAUGUAAAUAGCUUCGAUUUCAGCACGGAGAUCUCCAAUAGAUGGAAUCAGCAAAAUAAACAUGAAAUACCUUUGUAUCAAUUGUAUAUACGCCGAGCAUUCGGAAUAUGUGAUGAUGAACCGACUAGUUGUACAAAAGGAUGUGACCAUGAUGUACGGAAUCGAAUGUUCUGUUAUAAAAGUUGCCCAGCAGAUGACAAAAAAUGCAAGUCUUCUCACUGGGAUUCGUGUACAUUCAAGCAGAAUUAUCAGGGUCAUUGGAAUUUAAUAGAACCAAUGUCUAGAAAAGGAUACACUUCACUAGAAUCUUCAAAAUCGAAAUGGACUAGCCUUAUAUUCGGUGAAAAUUAUCUCAUUUUUGUUGGCAAAACUAAUGAAUCUUAUCUGUGCAUACGUGAAGUACGUGAAACCAUUCAAGACUGGUUUAUAAUUCGUUCAAGAAAGCAAGCAAAUGGAUGCCAACCUAGAGACGUUUGCUUAGAACUAUUUCAAAGCAGUAUACGCAGAUCAUUUGAUGCACGCAACACAAAUACCAUGGAAUUACGUAUGUCUCAAAGUAAGAAAUAUGGAUCGCAUGUACGGACAUUGUGUAAUUUCGAAUCUCAGUCAUUUAGUGUAAACAGCAAAAUACCACAAUCAACAACACCGCUUAUUCUAGUUCGAAAUCUUGAACCAUACGAAAUGUUAAAUCCAUACAGUGAUCCUCCAAUUAAAUGUGGCCUUUACCAAAUACGACUUGUUGGAACAAUGAAUAUAAAUACUGAUUAUUUAUCAGACAGAUCAAAUUCACUGAGUGUCAUUUCUCUACCUGGAAGACUUUACGAACUCCCUGAGAUGGUCAAUACUUCUCAGUCAAUCAAUGCAAAUUAUUACAAAAAAUUUGAACCUACAAAUUUCAAAUAUUCAGGCUCUUAUAACCAGCCACAAAAGUCAUCAUUUGACGAUUCAAGUAGAAGACUAGAUAUAAUAAAAUCUCAAAAUACGAUUCAUAGAAGAAUGGUAAAGAAUUCAAUAUCCUGUCGUGUUGAAAUAAGUGAUUUUAAUUUGACUUAUGGUUUAACAGGAGAAUUCGGGAAUAAAAUUUGGAUACAUAGUGAUUGUUUAAAUCAUCAGAUUAAGAGCUCUUUUAAUGCAAGUCAUGUUUGCUUGUCUGUUUACAAUAUCUUUCCCGUGGAACUGAACGAAAGAAGAAGGCAACUGAUUCUGAUAACCUAUCAUGUUGCAACGAAGACAUAUUUUUGCUGGAUAUUUAAAGAAAUAAAUCGAGAUAGUAUUCCAGGUUAUUUGGUCUAUCUAUUCGAUACACCACAGUGCCAAUAUCAUAGACUUCCUUCAGGUGAUAUACAGAUUAAUGAGGAGAAUGCACUCGCCCAGAUCAGUUUGACAUCAGUAUCCUGCAGUAAAUGUGAUCUGAAUGCAGAUAGAACACGGAAAUACUCCGGUAAACUGGAAUCACGAAAAUCAAAAGUAUUGCGUAUUCCGACUAGUCAAAUGAAACAACGUCAGACACAGCGUGCUUUACGACAAAGUACACAAACUGGCACGAAAAAUUUAUGUUGUAGAGGAGAAAUACGCUUAUUUCUAAUUCUAAUGCUCAUAAGUCUUUCAUUUUUAUCAAUUCUUUUGUAA